CGCACACACACCACACACCACACAGGCACAACACGCGCAGUACACACCAGCAAGCCCAGCCCACGGACCACUGCUCUGCUGUCCUUCCUGUCUGUCAAGAAGAUCGGUAGUACAAAACACCACCGCCUGCGUACCCCCCGCCCUCACCAUCAACACCACCAGCCCCAUCACUCCCCUGCCUCUGCCUCUGCUGCUGUUGCUGUUGCUGAUGCACUUGCUGCUGUAGCUGUUCUUGUGGGUAGUGCUGGGGCCCCCAAUACCCCGGACCAGCAGCACCAGCUGAGGAGGACGGAUCAGCACCUGCCCCUGGCCCCUCCCUGCCGUCAUCUGCUGCUGCAGGUGCUGGAGCCUGCCCCUCCCCUCCCACCCAAUGGUGGUGGUGAUGAUGAUGAUGCCCAUGUGCCGUCUGGUCGUGAGCAGCUGACGGACUGGCUACCGACUGCUGAGGAGGGUAGCCAGGCAUGAAGGGGUCGUUGGCAACAGCUGCUGCUGCUGCUGCUGCUGGUGGCGGCAUGCCGUUGUGGGCCACUGGCAGCACCCCAAAGGGAGGCAUCGGCACCGAACCUGCUGACGGGGGCACAGGUAUCUGCUGCUGCUGCUGCUGGUGGUGCUGCUGGUUCAUCUCGCCAUGACGAACCUUCGGCGACGCUGACAUGUUAGGAAUCUGCCGACUUCGGUUUCGGGAGCCCGUUGCCGAACCACCCCCAGUAGCAGCAGCAGCAGCGCCGUAGUUGUGUGGACUGGAGCUGCCCUGGGACGCCGCCGAGGCCGAAGCGCCGCCAGGUUGCUCCUGCGCGUCGCUGUCCGACGGAAGGAACGGCGGGCUGCCCUGACCAAACGGCACUCCGACCCCAAUCGCGCCGCCGCCGUGUGCCGCAGCGGGAUGAUACUGAUACUGAUACUGCUGCUGGUGUUGGUGUUGGUGUUGGUGAUGAUGGGGGACGGCAGCUGCGUAGGCACCACCCCAUGGAUUCAUGUGCGCAGCGGGGGGCUGGAACAUGGUGGGAACCAUCCGUGGGCUGCCUGCCGCUGCUUGUGGUGCCGGCUGGUCACCCACCCCUCCCGGAACGCCCCAGAAUGGCACCGGCGGCCCGCCGUUUGUCUUGGCGUCUGGGAAUCCAUCCUGGGCGGGGCUGGCAUGCUGCACAGGCCGGUAGGGGUGUGUUGGCGGGGAUGCAUCGAGUGACGGCGAGGGAGAGGGCGACGGCGACGCAGGUGCCGCUCCCACCGGCCGAUACUGCCCUUGCGGCAUCAGGGGCGGCAUCCCGUAGUGCCCAGCCGCAGGCGCGAACGCUCCCGCCAGAGGAUGGAACUGCCCCCCCAUCGCCCCCAUACCAGCAGCCCCACCGUGGUGCAUCGGCAUCACGCCGUUCAGCUCCCCAGCCUCGUGCGCCACCCCCUGCUGUGGCGCCUCGUCGCUGCCAUUGCCAUUGAGAGCCGCCGCGGCCUUGGGCAGUGGAGGCUGGAGGGGGGGAAGAUCUGGAAUCGGCGGCCCAUUGGCGUAGGGAUGGUGGAAAUGGGCGUAGUGCGGGUUGACGGCCUGUCUCAUCGCUGGCAUCGGUGGCGUGGGCAGCGGCAGGUGCGGGGCGGGCACGGCAGAGGGGUGUGGAGGGUGGGGAUUGGGGUGGGGCGGGGGCGCCACGGCCGAGCGUGACCGAAAGUGCUGCGCGAGGCCGUGCAGCAUCUCAUACUCGAGCGUGUCCUGCGGGCCGUCCCCCGAGCCGUCGACGCCCACAGCCUGUCCACAGGCCGAUGACGACUGUCCUCUCCCACCACAGAUGAGCGACAGGAGGUAGUGAGGGUCCCUUUGGCGCUCUCGCUCCUCCUCGGCGUCCUUCUGCCGCUGGGCUGUCAGCUCGUGCUCACGCGCACUCUCGAAGUGCAGGUCGCGAUUAAGCUCAGCCGUGCGGGCCUUCUCGGCCUCAAUCAGCCGGUCGAGCUCUUCCUGCUCGGCCUGGAUGCGCGCCUCCUCCUCCCUGACCGCCUCAAUCUCCUUGUCGAUACCGUCGACCGCCACGGCGAUGUCGCCCCCGGCCCGCUCCUCCCUCUCCUUGUCGUCACGCAGCCGCGCCAUCUCGGCCGCGUCGUCCAGCUCGCGCACCUCCCUCGCCAGCUCGAUACUGAGGGCCUCUUGCCGCCAUCUUGUCAGAUCGUCAUGGUCGUGCAGCUUCUGGUUCUCAUGCGCGUGGAUGAGCAGCGCCAGCUCAACCUCCAUUGCCGCGACCUCGGCCGUCACAACAGCCAGCCGCGCCCUGUUGCUCUCGUACUCGGCGGCGGGAGGGAUGGCUGGCUCGGGCGACGGGAAGCCUUCAUAGCCCUCCCUCUCUGCUGCGGCGGCUGCCGCCGCCGCCUCGUCCUCGACGUCGUCGAGCAGCUGCAUCUCCUCGGGGUCCACUUCUGUCAUGAUCUCGUCAUCCUGAUUAUUGACGUUGUUGGCAGCUCCACCGUCGCCGCCCUGCUGCUGGUGCUGCUGCUGAUGCUGCUGGUGCAGACCCUCGUUGUUGACAAGGCAGUUGUCUCCGGGAUUGUGGUCGCCGUCACCAUCGCCUUGACUGCCAUCGCCAGGCUGAGGGAAGGGGUGUGAGGGCAUGUUGUUGUCAUUGUCACGAUCAUUGUCAUGAUCAUGGUCAACGUCGAUGUCGAGCAUGUCGUCCUCUGUGUUGGGCUGUAGGUGUGGUAUGAUGCUGUUGUGUGGGAGGUGGCUCAUCAUGUGGGGCUGCGGGAGGUGGGGGGUCGUCUGGGUGUUGUGCGUCGGAGUCAGCGUCUGCGCUUCGUUCCCAGUCAACUCUUCAGCCUCACAACCAAGCGCACCGGUCAUCUCCUGUGGACACACGCACAGAGAGAGAGAGAGAGAGUCAGACAAUACAGAAGACACACACACACACACAGGCAGGGAGGCAGACUGUCUCAUGAGCUGUCUAUCCCUCAACUGACCUAGCCCAUUCCAGCCUGGCGCCAGAACGGACAUCACAACUUCUUCUCACACACCCUGCCUGUCUGCCUGCCUGGGUGUCUGUCUUUCAUCGUUCGAGGCUUGUGCGCUACGUGUCUGUGUGCGUGUGUGCGUGGCCUCUUUGCUCACCGCGCGGGGAGGACGACCCCCACGGAGAAAUCCUCUAUCCUUCGCGACCCGAAACGCCGAAUCUUCAAAGAGCAAGCCCUCACCGCUUGACGAUGGUCACGCCAUCAUGCACGUGUGAUGCACUCACACGUCCGUCUUUCAUCGGAACGUCUGCAGCUCGCGCCCAGUUGAGCGAGCUCGCCUUUGUCUUCUUCGGCGUCUUCGGCGUGGUCUCUUCUUCGACGUGGAAGGGUGUAUUGGAGAUCUGGGCUUCAGCAGCAAGGGUACAACACAGCAGCCGCUGCAU